AGCUGCUAGUCCCCACCCUGAACGCAUGAAACCUUUCAGACCGUCGCAGCCACUCGGUUUGGACGGGUUCACCAUAUCUAGCAACCCUCACACACAUGCACCGCUACAUCACGCGCACACACACCACCGCCAGCGGCCGCCCUAUGCGACCAGGAGUGUCGUCAGUGAGGGAGGAGGAGGGGGAGGGUUCAAGGCGGUCGAGUCCAGUGAUCAGCGCCAGGUUCCCACCAGUAUGUAUGUGCUGAAGCCACCCUCGCCAGAAAAAUCGGCCAGUUCGGAAGGGUCGUCAUUCUCCUACCAGGUGUUCGAUCAGCCGCAAGCGUCACCCGCACCGCAGCCGCAACCGCAACCGCCCAAAUACCGCACCAUAGUGCAGUUGCGGCCAGUGCAGCCGUCCGGCGUCAGUGGCGUCGUCAGUAAUCUGCUGCCCGGAUUGCGGCCGUCACGUGAUCUCGCCGGCGAGCAGACCGUGCUCAAUGCCAUACUGUCGCAGGAACUUUUGAGGAAAAACGCGGCAAAUAGGAACGCACCCAUUAUCGCGCAGACGGUUUAUGGUGUCAGGAGUUAUCGGUAG